UAUGAAACGACCCCUUGGAAAGCUUUACUGUCACCAGGAGAGGAUUUGAGUCACCAGGAAGACUACACUGUGAGCCGCGACACCGCACCCUUGCGUCUAAUAGCUACAUCACCUCGCACAUGGUCGACAAAUGGACGGACAAGUGACGGAAAACGUAAGGAGCUUCGAAAAGUCAAAGCACGCAGGACGUUUGUUUCUUCUGGUGCUGAACGUGCUGCUGCUGGCGCUGGUGGCGGUUGAGGUAUGGCGGUGUUUCACGCGCGACGACCAGACGGAGAGCUCGCCUUUACUUGUGGCGCCGCGAAAGCAGACGGGCUGGUCGCUUGUCGGCGAUGGCAGCAGGGUCCCUUCCACUGGCAGCGGCGCCCUCGGUGCGCCAGUAGCUGCAGAGGCGCUUUUCAACGCCACGCUGGCGCAUACCUGCUGGUCCUCAGAACCCAUUUCGACGACCACCAGCAGCAGCAACACGACAGCAGCAGCAGCAGCAGCACCAGCAGCAGUAGCAGCAGGCGGGGUGGUGGUGGCGGGGAGGGGCUGUUCUGAGUGUGUGCGGGGAGAGCAGUGCAGCAUGCACGUGUGGGUGAGGCCGCCUGCUGAAUGGGUUCUGCCUUUUGACGGCAGCAACAGCAGCACCACCGCCACCGCCAGCAGCAGCAGCAGCAUGCUGGCGGGGUUGAUGGCUGUGACUCAGUGGGCGGUGCCUUGGGGCGGCAGUGUCCCUAGCAGCAUGAUUGGCCGGUACAGCUGGUGGAAGAAGGACCUCACUCUUUCGCUGGAGGGUCCUGCUCUGGGCUACGGGGAGGUGCAGUGCGUCGACCCCCCUGCCUGCUCGCACUUCCUCGUGUCCUACCGCCUCUGGGACGUGGGCGUUUACAGGGCCACUCUGCACGUGGGCUGUGAGAAUCUCAACUUCUCCUCCUCCUUCGCCGCCCAUUUCAACUCCACCUUCCGCCACGACCUUGCCACGUGGACCCUCUCAAUUGGCUGGCCAGAUGCAGCUUCCAAGAAGAUUCCUGUCUCUUCAGAUGCUACUGCUGGUGCUGCCGGUUUUGGUGGUGAUGCUGGUGAUGGGGAUGAUAGUGACGCGGAUACCACCUCCCCAGAUGCCUUUUCCUCAGAUACCACCUCCCCAGAGAUACAAGCCUCUCCUUGUGCGGGUUCGUCCAUCCCUGGUCGGUGGAAGAAAGCUGACGAUGGCAACUACACUUGGGCUUUCUUCCCCUGUGCGCCAGCAGAGUCUCUUCCUGACCGUUGGAUCAGAGAGCUCUGGAGAAAGGGAGUCCGAGAGAUCAACAUGGUGGGGGAUUCUCACCAGCGACAGCUGGCAGUUCACCUGCACUUCCUGCUGUCAGGGGAUGCGGAUAAGCGCAAUCGGGGCAUGGACUUUUCGCUGGAGUCGCGGAACCAGUGGAACGAGACGCUGAGGAUCAACUUCUACUGGGUGGAUGGCAUCUACCGCAACGGGGAGUUCGGCUGCGGGCAUCGAGGCAAGUUCACCCAUCACAGCACCACAUUCCCAACCGACCUCUCUUCCACAGCUGAUGUCACCAUCCUGGAAGGGGGCUACUGGGCGAGUGGGCGGUGCGCAGAGCCAGUGCGAGCCGUGCGAGCCCACCUCCCAGAAUACUUCCACUGGGGACUCCAGUUAGCCGCCCGAACCAGCAAGCCGAUGGUACUGCGCACAGCACCCCCACUGCCCAAUGGGGGCGGAUUUUGCGCUGCUCGCACGGGUGUGCUUGCUGGCCCCGUAACCAACCUUGUGAUUAUGGAGUUAAAUCGGUUGAUGAGAGCCCUGGCUGCAGGUGGUGGUAGUGAUGGUGGUGGUAUUAAAGGUGGUGAUUGUGGAGGUUGUAAAGGUGACCACAACGAAUGUGGUGGUGGUGGUGAAGGUGGUAAUCAGGAAGCAUGCUACACAGCAGCUGAUACAGAUCCGGCACAACCUUGGGAUAAAGCGUCGGUGUCGCGAGCGUUCACCGUGAAAGGAAAGCGGCUGGCAUCCUCCAUGCAUGUGUUUGACUCGUGGAAAAUCGAGAUGCCAAGAUACGUGGAUGUGUGUCCUGGCGACCACCACUAUUCGUGCUACGGCAAAACAUCAGAAGAAAAGGAUGCAGUUACAGGGCCUGUGGGGGAAGCAGUAGCGCAUGCAUUGGUGUACUACCUGAUUCACGAAUUGUAAUACCGGUACUUGUCAACAUAUACAUAUUAUGUAUGUAGUAGUUAUAGGCUAGCCUAGGUGUGUGCUUCUAGUGAGUACAACCCCAACAGGUAU